GCGGACGUGAUGUGCGUCAAAUGCGCGCGCUCUUUGAGGAAGAGACGCAGCGUCAGAAACAGAUAACAGUGUAAACAACAGAAAAAAGUCAUGGGGAGUGAACCAAGAUUUUCAAGUUUGGACGCCGAACCUAAUGAACCUGACGCCAAACGGACUCCGCUUUAAACGUAAGUUCAAGGCGAUGGCGGCGGAGCCAAGCGUCAAAAUGCUGGCGUUUAAAGGACAAGUGCUUGUUUUCCAGAGCGAGAGUUUCGUCUCGAAAGCCCGAGAUCACCGCAGGGGCUCGCAGGUUUCUUUCCACAGUCUGUCCUUCGACCGAGACUCGCAGAGCUUCUCCGUUAGAGACCGAGCCUCGUCUCCGAUUCACAAGGACUCUUCAGCAGCAGACGUCGUUCACUGUUGCUCCGCUCUGGACGUUCAGCAGCGGCAAAAAGUGCCUUGUGUUUUGCUGAGACUGUGCAAGAAGAGGACGUCUGCUUUUAAAUACGCGCUUUACUCCGUAGGCGCCUCCUCAGAGGCCAAGCUCCAUGCCGAGUUUGCGUUGCCGUACGAGAUGAGAGAUAAUAUUUCGAUAUCGCUCGGCCCCACGGUGAUUUGGAGUCACGAAAGCUCUGUUUUUUAUGCGUCCUCGCAAACCGGCGGAGUGAAAGAGGUUCCCAUGACGGUCAACUUUAUCGGCGAACUCCCUCUCCGUCAAAGAAAACUAGUGCUCCGAGGAGCCCAGAGUGAUCCCGGGGAUGAGCGAACAGCGAGAAACGUGCUGUAUUUCGUAGAGGACGGAAGAAGCGUGAGUUCGGCGUGCCUUGUGCCCGAUGCCUACAGCCCGGUGAUCCGGUGCAUGACGGUUCUGUGGGCCGAAGAAGUCGACGGCGGUUUGAGAUCGGCCGUCCUGGCGGCCACGAGCACCAAGCAGCUGGUCGGCCUCGAGAACGGACUUCCCCGGGACGUGUGCGCUCUUCCUUACGAGCGUCCGCUGAGUGUUCGGGCGAUGCGCACUCUGAGAAACGACUGUCUCGCUGUCGUAACCUUCGCCGACGGAAACGUCUGCGCUGUGCGGAAAGACACUUUCCAGGUGGCGGGGAGCUGGACAGGAGUGCGUCUGCUGCUCGUGGAUGACUUCGUGGGAUGCGGGACGGAUCAGAUGCUCUUAGUGUUUGAGAGCUCAUCAGCAGAGACGCUCGGCAGCUUUCUACUCACUGAUCUGUGUGCCGUCACUUACUCUCGCGGCCGAUCAGACGGUCUGGAGCCCGACUCUUCAGACGCGGCGCAGGAGAAUCACCUUCUUACGGCUCAAGCCUUAGAGUCCAGACUGCAGAGCGGCCUGAGCGUCCUUGAAGACCUUCAGAGAGACGUGGAGGUCAAAGACAGACUCCUACAGCAGGCAUUAGUGGCUUUAACUGAUCUGGUGUCAGGCAGAGAACGCGUCUUCUCCUCUCCACAGCAGGAGGGGCUCGUUUCUCUGUGGGACGAUGAUGAUGAUGAUGAUGGUGGUGCUGGAGAUGAAGAGGAUGAUGGGAUGCAGACUGAUUGUGCUGAAGCUCCCCUGAAGGUGCAGAGAAUUUGGCAAAGAGUCAUCGGACAGAGUUUGAUCGUCGGCGUGGGUCUGACAUCAACAGAUAACACGUCUGUAAUGAACAUUAGCGCUUCGAUUGUGUUGGAUUCUCAUCAAAGCGGAGUGACUCCGGUUCUGAACACCAAGACGGUGGUCCUGCCGUAUCCUGACGCUCUCGGCCCGUCGCCGGUGAAGAUCAGACGCACCGAUUCCUCUGCUGUCAGUGACCGAUCUGAUCUGGCGCUCGUGGCCGUGACUGACGUGGCUCCUUUAUUAACCUCGGGCUGCGUCAAAUGUCCCAUCAUGCUCCACUACAGCUCCAAACGAUCGCCCGGGUCUCCUGCGGGGGAUUGCGCUCGGGUUUCUCAACACUGCGGGCGAAUCUCGCUGGAUCUGAACGAUAUUUCCACGGGGAAGUUACAUCCACGGCUGUUACAGGAGCACAGACUCAACACGGACGAGGCCAGAGAGGAUCUUCUGAGCCUGCAGGCGCUGCUGGACGUCCGGUGUUUCCGUGUGGAGUGUCUGGAUCACACGCUGGUGGAUGUUCAGGGCUGGCUGCGGGAGUCGCUGAGGUUCGAGCGGCUGGAGAUCGACCCGUGCUUCACCGCAGACCCGUCGGGCGUCCGGCUCUUCCGCUGGGAGAAGAAAUCACCGUUUCAGGGCGUCUUGAGCGUCUACUGCAGAGAUGAGCUGAGUUUGCUGCACUUCCUGCACUCGCUGUGUGACUUCCUGCCAGUGUCACAUGACCUGCAGCCGCUGGCGAUGCCGAGGAUCUGCUCUGGAGCUCUGGCUCGUACUCUUCAGACGGAGAUCCAGACCGUGACUCAAGAGGCGUCUUCGGCGCUGCGCUCUGACGAGGGAGCAAUUAGAGAAGAGGCGGAGUCACAGACACUCAGGGAGGUGUGGCUUAAAGAGCGAGGGCGGUGCAACCAGAGGCUCCGCCCCCUGCUGGAGGAGACGCGUUACAGCAGACUGAUCGAGCGCAUGAUUGACACGCAGCUGGACGCCGACGAAGCUGCUCUGAUGCACGCUCCUCAUCUAUAGAGGAUCUUCAGCGUCUGUGGAUCUGAAAUCUCGAGGUCCUCCGGGGCUUCACGGCUCUAAUAGUUUAGUGACAUUUGCACAGAAAAGCCUUCACCUGUUCUCCGCAGGGAAACACACUCUCCAUCGCCGCCUGUGUCCCACUUCCAGCGAUCAUCUGUGCAUGUUCUGUUAACAAUAAACUCUCGGAUGCAAAAAGCCUUGAAGACGUUUUUGUGCUGCUUUUUUUUUUUUCAUUUAUACUGCGUUUCAGUCGUAUCACAUUUUUUUGUUACUUGUGGAAUUUAACAGGAGUUUAUUUGUGAAAAUUAUUUCCAUGUAAAUCCUGU